UUCAUAUGGAGAUGUGGGACUAUAAAUAGGAGGGAUGGAGCCAGCAGAGAUCAGACUCUCUCUACAGAGACCUCUACAGCUCACACAUCCAGACAUGGCUCCUACAAUCACUGCAGCAAUCACCAGUUCCCAGGAGCAUCUGACUCUGAGCCACAAGCUCAGAAAGCCUCUGGUGGAGAAGUUACGCAGAGAGCGAAUCAACAGCAGCAUCGAGCAGCUCAAGUCUCUCCUGGGUCCAGAGUUCCUCAAACAGCAGCCAGACUCCAAGCUGGAGAAAGCCGACAUCCUGGAGAUGACGGUUUGCUUCCUCACACGACUGCAGCAGCAGCAUGGAGCUGUGGCCUCAGCAGCUGUCACUCAGGGAUACUCCAGGUGUGUCCAGGAGGUCACAUACUUCCUGUCCAAGGAGGGGGUGAAGGCACAAACUCUGAGGAGCCUGCAGAACCCCAUCAACAAGCUGGAGUCUUCCUCUGAUAGCGUCCUAAGAGACACUGACUCUGAGUGUCUGAGCUCUUCAGUCCAGACCAGCAUCAGCAAAGAGAAGAGUGCGGUCAACAGCGCCCCCUGGAGGCCGUGGUAGACACCUACACACUGGAGUCAAACUGAGGCGACCACAUUGGUCAAAGAUCACAGGAAUCACUUCAGUGAAAUUUAAAAGGUUGUUCAUCUGGUUGAACAGAAUAAUUUCAUUUCUUGAUUUUAAGAAAAAGAACAUUUCCUAUGGAAAUAUUAUUUUUUUCUAAUAAGAAAGAAACUUUAUAUAAUGGUGCCAAAGAUAAAUCACAGAAACCUGUGUGUUAUUUUUUGGUGAUACAUAUAAGUUGAAGUUAUUGACUUCUUGCUUGUUGAUGAUCAUUUUUGAUCAGAACCAUCUUUGUUCACUGAGUGAACAGUUUUUGUAAAUGUGGACACUUCACACUCAGUUUUCUGGAACGCAAACAAUCGAUCUGUUAUUAGAUCCAUGUGUAUUUUAUCCACUUCUACUCUGAAGGUUUCACCGUUCACAUGAUUCUGUCAACGACAGUAAUGACACUGGAAUUUCUUGUGAAAUUAUAUUGAUUAAUGUGCUUGUAUCACAUUAUGAUUAUGUUCCUGUGAUCUGUUUCAAGAUUAGUAUUUUGUUGCCUUUGAUUCAAAGGACGUAAUUAUGUCUUAAUUAUGUGAGACUGUGAUGAUUAAUGUACUGCUGCUGACUUUUGUAAAGACUAGAGUUCCUCUCCUCACGUUGAGAACAUGGUGCCUUGGACAUGUUACCAAGUUGUGGUUGUGAUGUAUCAUCACAUUUGUUUGCUUCCUGUUGAGAUGUUUACUUAAUUAUUAAGUUGUUCUAAUAAACAGACGUAUAAUUGACCUCCACUUGAAUUGUGUUGAUUAGUAUUAAUGGUUCUGUAAAUGCGGAGCUUCAUACACAGCAGAGAUGACACAUAUGGCAUUAGCUCCAGACUCCUAAAGUCCUGCGCAGGUGAACUGUGUGGAGUUAUGAAG